AUCAGUGCUCAGUGCUCUCUCUUCUCUUGUUAUCAAUGUUAUCGUUUAUGUGAGCCCUCUUUCUAUCUUUUGUCUUAUCCCACCAAGAUAAACUAACAUGCUCCGAUUCCAUCUAGUCAAUUCACCUGCUCCGCUUUUAUCCAACUUCAAAAUAAUACACCCUUUUCCGUCUUAACUUUUCUUAUCUCUUCGAUAAUAAAAUACGUUGUACAAUGUCCAUCACGUACACACUCAUUCCACAUGAAACUCUUUUCGCGCAGCAGUGCGUUGCUGCGGCUGUCGUUGUUUGGUGACUCUUUUUUUUUUUUUUUUUUUUUUUUUUUUUUUAACUUGAUUUGCUCUUUUACUUCACCAUAUCGAUUCGUCAUACAACAACAUAAUAGCAACCAAGAGAAAUGAAGCAGUUCAAAAGAUGCACAGUACACAAGCAUGUUUUUCGCUCUCACGCCAACUCUUACAGAGAAUACAUUGUAUUCAACUACGUGAUCAUAGUUUCCGUGUUUUCCAUCAUACUUUUUCUCUAUGGAUUUUUUCCAAUCACUUACAACGAAGUUGAAACAGCUUCCAAAAAAGACAUUCCAAAGUUUGUUGAACGCACAAGAAUCAAGGUUGACGAAGUUUACAAACCAGUAGUUAAAAGACUGAUAAUCAUGGUAAUAGAUGCUUUAAGAUGGGAUUUCGUUCACGGAGCACAAAGUAGUCAGAAUAUGCCUAAAACAACUCGCCUUUUGAGAAACACGGAAGCCAGCUGCUUGUACAAGACAAAAGUUCACACGCCAACAGUCACAAUGCCAAGAAUUAAGGAAAUCGCAACGGGAUCAGUGCCUAAUUUUAUAGAUGUAGUUUUAAAUUUAGGAGCCCACGAGAUAAAAGGUGAUAGUCUGUUAAGACAAUGUAAAGAUCAAGGGCACAAAAUAGUGUUUUAUGGUGACGACACGUGGAUAAAACUUUUUCCACGUAUGUUUUAUAGAUACGAAGACACAUCUUCCUUUUUCGUUUCUGAUUACACUGAAGUAGAUUUUAAUGUUACUAGAAACAUUGCCAUAGAACUUUACGAAAAAGACUGGUCUGUAAUGAUUUUACAUUACCUAGGACUCGAUCACAUUGGUCACCUAGUUGAGUCGUAUAAUCCUAUGAUUAAAACUAAAUUAUUGGAAAUGGACGAGAUAAUCGACACAAUUAACACCUACGUGUCGAAAUGGAACGAAAAAGGAGAAUCAACAUUGUUUUUGGUGACUGGUGAUCACGGAAUGAAAGAGUCAGGAGGCCAUGGUGGAUCAACCCCGGAAGAAACUCGCGUGCCUCUAUUAGCAUUUGGCAGACCAUGUACAUACAAAGAAAAUUUAGACGACGAGAUAGAUCAGACAGACAUAGCACCAACUUUAUCAGUCCUGUUAGGGAUUCCUAUACCAAAAUCAAGUUUGGGAACUAUUGUCCUGAACAUGAUUAGUGAAUUGACUUUUUCUCAAAAACUCUUCGCUUUGUAUUAUAACGCUCAGCAUCUAUUUCUUCAAUUUAGCAAAACUAGUAAUUUUAACAAUACUGAUACUUACAAAACUUAUCGAGAUGCAAUAAAACUUCACUCGGCAUGGCUCAACACACAGAGUCAUCCCAACGAUAUGGUUUAUGAUAUCAUUAAUAUGUACGAAUCUGCCAUGUCGGAUAUGAAGAAUAAACUUACGAGUAAUUUACUUAAGUAUGACAUUCAUACGAUAAGUAUAGCAAUAAUAUUUAUGGCUCACAUACUGUUCAUAGGAAUAUCCAUAGAAAGGCCUUCGACUAUAGCACUAUUAGAAUUCUUAACUAUUUUUGCCGGUAGUUACGUAGCUUGGGUGAUUCUCAAUUACCUUUUUGGCUCCGAAACUAAAACUGCCACGAUACUUCAUAUGUUCGACUCUCAUUAUCUAUUCCUUAACAUUUGCAUCUUUGCAAUACUAGUAUUCAAUUGUUAUCUAUGUGCAACUCGCACUUUACAAUUUUUCAAGUUAAAAAAUAUAAGUACAUUGGAAGCGUUGUUACCAAUAGCAUCGCUGGUGCAAGCCAUCAGCUUGAGUAGCAGUAGUUUUGUUGAAGAAGAGCAUCAGGUCUGGUAUUAUUACUUCAUAACUCUGAUGACACUCUUCGCUUGUAAGAUAAUACGUAGAAACGCUAGAGAAAAAGCAAUGAGACUGCCAAUACCCUUGUUGAUACUGAUGUUAACCCAUCGAGUAUUGAAAGAGUUGAACCGCUGUAGCGGCCGAUCGGCGGGAACCGACGACAUAUCAGACUGGCUCCAAAAUCUCGAGUCCAGUUUCGCCAUGACUUUCAUCCUUAUUUUUGCCCUUGGUUUGCUGGUCGGGCUCGAUUUUUGCUACGAGCAGAAAGGCUCUAGACUAGUCUUUGUCCUGUUGGACGUUGUUCUCGCGAUUCUUGUAUAUUUGCGGCACGCCGUCGCCAAUUUGGUUUAUAGACCUAAUUUUUAUGACGAUUCACGGGGAAUUGUUGAGAUACAUUGUUACUGGGCAUUCACAUUCAUCUACGUACUAUUCAGUAUUCAUCGAUUGGCAAAAGUAGCUCGCCAAAAUAAUCAAAAUUUUUUACCAAUCACCUUGUUUUCCAUAUUAAAAUUAUGGGUAAUCAUUUCCUGCCUUUUGCACCGUCCGUACAACGUAAUUUUAGUGCCAGUACAGUUGAUAGUCGGAGCUAUGAUUUACGACUUGACCAAAAGCAGUGAAUAUUUCAACAUCAAGGUUUACUUGUACUUUUGGUCGAGCAAUGUAUUUUAUUUUUACCAAGGCAACUCCAAUAGUUUGUCCACUAUCGAUGUAGGUGCUGGUUACAUUGGCUUGGAAUCAUAUCAACCCGUAAUCAUUGGCUUCUUUUUAAUCGUAAACACGUAUUCGGCUCAGGUUUUAGGUUUUUUAAUGUACCUUUGUGACCAUGCACUUCACAGCCCCUUAUUGACAUCAAAGACUGCGUUAUCAUUGUGCAAGCAAUACGUCUUUUGGAGAAUAGUCCCGAUAUCAUUGUACAUGGUCGUAAUGACGGUACUACGCUUUCACAUCAGUUUGUGGACGGUUUUCUCUCCAAAGAUAUUGUACGAGGCUGUGCACUGCGUUGUAUUAUUUACUGUGAUAUUUACAUUAGAAGUAAAUUUUGUAAUUUACCAGUAUAUGAGAGGACGCACCAAAAAAUUGUAGAUUGAAUUGUAGGAUAAUCAGUACUUUUUCAGAUUUUGCUGUAUUAGUAGUUUUUUUUUACUUAAGCAUUUCUUGUAAAAAGUGAUUUUUUUUUUUUUUUUAAU